CAUUCCCCAGGAAGGAGGCAAAACCUGAUGGGAAGGCAGAGCUGAGCCAGAGGGAGAGCCAGGCUCCCUCGUCUCGGCUCCAGGCAGCCACCAUGCGGAGGACAGGAGCCUGCCUCCCCCUUGUGUACCUUCUCCUCCAGAUCCAGGCUGCAGGAUGCAUUGGGAAGGCAGGAGUCAAGGGGAGCAAUUGGUUUAUUCCAGGAUGCUUUUCAGGAGACAAUGACCACUUCUUGGCAAUUCAUCAAAGAAAAAGCAGGAAGCCCAUAUUCAUUUAUCAUCAUGUGCAAAGUGUUGAGAAAAGUCUGGAUACCAGUGAUCAGAAGGAUUAUGGGCCCUAUUCCCACUUGCCUUCCCCAGCAAAAAUAAGCAAACUACACCCUGCCAUCAUAGUUAAAUCAGCAUUCUCUCGACCUGCACAUGACCGGUCACUCAAUCUCUUAGCUAUGACUGAUGAUGAUGACCAGAAAGUGGAAAAUCAGCCCAUCCCAGCUGCUAAUGUGAUCACUGUGACUCUGCAAAUGGAUGUAAACAAGCUGAAUAUCACAUUGCUUCGGAUUUUCCGCCAAGGAGUGGCUGCUGCUUUAGGACUGCUGCCGCAGCAAGUGCACAUCAACAGACUCAUUGACAAAAAGAACUGUGUCGAGCUCUUUGUAUCACCAGUAAACAGGAAAGGAGUUACUGAUAAACUCCCAUCAGAAGAAGUCCUCCGGUCUCUUAAUAUCAAUGUUCUACACCAGAGUUUAUCUCAGUUUGGAAUUACAGAUGUCUCACCAGAGAAAAAUGUUCUGCAAGGCAAGCACGAAUCGGGCAAACUCUGGAGCAAAGAAGGAUUUUAUGCUGUUAUCAUCUUUCUCAGCAUCUUUGUUAUUAUUGUGACAUGUCUGAUGGUUCUGUAUCGACUGAAAGAGAAAAUACAAUUUUCUGUGAGGCAAGAUAAGAACAAAAAACAGGAAAUACACCUUUCUAACAUCCCCUUGCAGAGAGCCCCAUCUGAGUACAAGACAGCAAACAGAAUGGUCCAACCUGAACAGGCUCCUAAAGUUGUAAAUAUUGUGGUAGAUCCUCAAGGACAAUGUGCUCCUGAAAUCAAGUCCACCCUUUCAUCCAGCCCAUCACCUUUCAAAAUGAAACCAGUGGGCCUUCAGGAAAGGCGAGGAUCUAAUGUUUCACUCACCUUAGACAUGAGCAGCUUAGGAAGUGUUGAACCUUUUGUAGCUGUGCCAACACCAAGAGAAAAAGUAGCAAUGGAGUACCUCCAGUCUGCUAGCCGGAUCUUGACAAAGGAGCAGUUAAAAGACACCGUUGCAAGUUCUCAUUUGCUUCAAACAGAAUUCAUGGAAAUUCCAAUGAAUUUUGUGGAUCCUAAAGAGCUUGACAUUCCCAGCCAUGGGACUAAAAAUCGCUAUAAGACCAUCCUUCCAAAUCCUAUAAGCAGGGUCUGUUUGAAACCAAAGUACCCAGGGGACACUUUGAGCACCUACAUAAAUGCAAACUACAUCAGGGGUUACAGUGGCCAGGAGAAAGCUUUCAUUGCAACCCAGGGCCCUAUGAUUAAUACAGUCAAUGAUUUCUGGCUGAUGGUAUGGCAAGAGGAUAGUCCAGUAAUUGUUAUGAUCACAAAACUGAAGGAGAAGAAUGAGAAAUGUGUGCUGUAUUGGCCAGAGAAGAGAGGAAUCUAUGGGAAAGUGGAAGUACUUGUCAACAGUGUGCAGGAAUGUGAGAAUUAUACUGUCCGCAACCUUACACUAAAGCAGGGAAGCCAACCAAGACAUGUCAAACACUAUUGGUACACAUCCUGGCCAGACCACAAAACUCCAGAUAGUGCUCAACCCCUUCUGCAGCUUAUGCUUGAUGUAGAAGAGGACAGGAUGGCAUCGGCUGGUAGAGGACCUGUAAUUGUGCAUUGCAGUGCUGGAAUAGGAAGAACUGGAUGUUUUAUUGCAACUGCUAUUGGAUGUCAUCAGCUGAAGAAAGAAGGGGUAGUUGAUGCAUUAAGCAUUGUCUGCCAACUGCGUUUGGACAGAGGUGGAAUGGUCCAAACCAGUGAACAGUAUGAAUUUGUGCAUCAUGCAUUGAGCCUAUAUGAAAGCAGACUCUCUGCUGAAGUUGUCCCAUGAAUUCAAGAAGGGAGAAUCAAAUGUAUCAAUCUCUCUUGAGGUAAUUGAUUACCUACCAGCAACUUCUUCAAGGAGUUUACUGCUGUGGAAAGAGAGGAACUGCAGCCAGCUUGUAAAAGGAAUGUGGAUGGGUUUUUUAAAAUAAUUAAAAAUGCAUCAUUGAUUGACGGAUCCUUGUCUUGAAUGUAUUGUGAGUUCCCUGAAACAGUUUUAAUGAAGGUUAAUGUACUGAUGUUACAUUUGGAUUUUGCAUAUAUAUCCUAUGGGAGAUUUAUUUCUGUAUUAAUGGAAUCUGCCACACAGAAUGUAUGUUAUGUAUGUAUGUUCUAUAACAGCUGGACAUGGGAAAUUCCACAGAAGAAAUGUGUAUAAACACUUUAACGUUUGCAAAGUUUGUCUUGUGAAAUAGGCUGUCAGGUGUUCAACUGUCCCUGUUAAGUGCUAUGACCUACUUUGUGGUAAAUAUAAUUUGGAGCCACUUGAGAUCUUUCCGCUAAAAGGCACAAGUGAUUGAUAAUGAGUUCAAAUGAAAAUGAUACAAAAUACCGGGGGAGAGGGGGGGAGAGUCAUAAAGAUCAAUUGUUUUGAAACUAUACAAAAUCAGUUUGUAUUUUAUAUGACAAGUCCAUUAAAUACUCUUAAAUUUGUGGUGUGUAUAGUAAAUUCUGUAAAACAUUGCAGAACACAAUGGCUGCAACACAAAGAGAAUAAUACAAAGGCAUGGCCUACUAAAACAAAGGCAAGUUGUAAAAGAAGCACACAUUGUCAUGGAGGCUCCUGUACUCUUGUUGAAUUCUGGCUCAUUUCAAAGGGCUUGCCCAACGGAUUGAGUCUAGUGUGUUCUUCAAUGCUUAUAUAUUUAUUCAAUAUCAUUUAUUGUCUUAGAAGCUACUUUAUGCUCCAGGACAGAAUCCAGUGUGUUUGUAAAUCUAGUGAGUCGUUUUACUUUUGGGGGAGAAUUUUUUUUGUUACGUAUAUUAAUUAAUAAGGAUUUUAAAUAUCUGCCUGUCUUUUACUAAACAUUUGGGGCUUUUUCUAAUAAAUUGUCAAACCUUUCAUUCCUUUUAGUGAGAGGAAGGAUGUUUGGAAACACAGAAUGCUAUAUGAAAAAUGAGGAUCUUAUUUUCUUUCUUCUGUUUUUAUCUUGGCAAUGAUCUGUUUAUUCAGCAGGUACACCUCUUUUUGGCAAAAGUAUGAGGUUUCAGCACCGUAUCAAAUAAUGCAUUUCUAAAACAGUGAUGUUACCUUUGCUUCAUAUAGCCAAUAAACUUGGUAUAAAUAUCUGAA